UUUUGCUCUUUGCUUUUCUUCACCCAUUUCACCUCAUAUUGGGUUUCCCUUUUCUUUCUUGAUUUCUUGCCUCGAAACACGACAAUGCGGACGUCGAAAAGAACAUUCCGGAUGUUCGUUGAGGAAGAACUGGGCGGAUUCCCGCAUUUCUUGGUCGGGGCCGUGCUCGAAUGGUUGCUAAUCGCUUCACUUUUCAUCGAUGGCUUCCUCGCAUUUCUCUCCAACAAAUUCGCCAUGAUCUUUGAACUAGACCCACCGUGCGUCCUCUGCACACGAAUCGAUCAGUCUCUUGCAAGUACCAACUCGAGUUCCUACUACAAUAACUCGAUAUGUGAAUCCCACAAGAAAGACAUAUCGUCCUUGGCUUACUGUCACGUGCAUAGAAAAUUGGGUGAUAUCAGGAGCAUGUGUGAGGUUUGUUUGCUCUCGUUUGCAAUGGAGAAAGAAUCGGAAGACGAUACCAAGAAACCCGUUGAACCAAAAGACGUUGAUGCCUCCAAAGACGGUGAACGCAAAAUGACACUGAAACCCGUGAAAACGGGAAAAGAGAACGAUAAUGAUAAGGUCAUAGAGAUGAGCAAGUGCUCGUGUUGUGGUGAUCCUUUCAAGACGAGAUAUUCUUCAAAAGUGUUUGUUAGGACUCCUUCGACCAUUCGUGCCUUAGCACCGAAUAUGUCUCCUAGAGCACCUUUUACGCCUGUAGGAUGGAGACAAGAUGACGGAAAGAAUACAGAUUUGUCGCACGUUAGAUAUACAGAGCUCAAGUUUAUAUCUGAUAACGAACCAUAUAUGCAUGAGGAUGACUAUGGACUGAACACGGAUUCCAAAAGUGAAGAAGACAUGAAAUCUGCAACAGCACCAUUGUUACAAGAUCAUGAAGAAGGGAACGAAGAAUCUUGCAAAACCCCAAGUGGUGGAAAAUUAAACAAGUUCUUUGGAUUACCACUUGCAGAUGCAAUUGCAAACAGUCCGAGAUUUGCCAAGAAAAAAAUCCCCGAUUUCGUUACUGAUACAACCCCAGACGAACCAGCCGACGGCGAUUCCGUUAUCCAUCACCUGAAAAGACAGCUUCGAGCGGACAAACGGCUGCUCAUGACCUUAUAUCAAGAGCUUAACGAAGAACGUAAUGCAUCGGCCGUUGCAGCCAACCAAUCGAUGGCAAUGAUCACACGGUUACAGGCUGAAAAGGCGUCGAUUGAAAUGGAGGCUUUGCAGUAUCAGAGAAUGAUGGAAGAACAAGCGGAGUAUGAUCAAGAUGCGAUUCAAGUUCUUAAAGAUAUGCUUGUGCAGAAGGAGAAGGAUAUUAAGUCUAUGGAAGCGGAACUCGAGGCUUAUAAAGAGAAAUACGGUGAAAUAAAGAAAGAAGAGAUGGAUGAAUUCAGGAAUAAAGAUGACGGUGGUUACCAGGAGACGAGGCCGCGAUCUUCAUUGUUAGGUGGUGAGAAGUUGGAGAUGGAGAGCCCAAGAAAACAGGAGGCUUUUGACAACGAAAGAUGUCAGCUUUUCGAUAUGUUGAAGAACCUGGAAUAUCUAGUACAAUUAUCAGAUGAAGAUAAAGAGAAAGACGAAGAGUAUAAGGCGAACCUGGAAAGAGAGAUGUCUCUAAUGAAAGAGAAGCUGAGUGCAAUUGAAGCAGACAGAAUUGGAUUCCUGAAGCAAGCUGCAACAGCACUCCAAAAGGGCGAUGAACGAGCCGAGCUUCUUACAGAGAUAGCUCAACAUCUUAAAAAACUGAGAGCAUAAACACAACCUAACCCUGAAGAUAUUACCAUC